CCGCCCCCCGCCCCUUUCCUCGGACGGGCCCGGCCAUGCCCACCGUGCUCGGGCUGGAGGGCAGCGCCAACAAGAUCGGCGUCGGCGUCGUCCGGGACGGGGUGGUGCUGGCCAACCCGAGGCGGACCUAUCUCACCCCCCCGGGCACCGGCUUCCUUCCCGGAGACACCGCCCGGCACCACCGGGCCUGCGUGUUGGACCUGCUGCAGGAGGCCCUGACCGAGGCCGGACUGGCGCCGCGGGACAUCGACUGCGUCGCCUACACCAAAGGCCCCGGGAUGGGCGCUCCGCUGGUGUCGGUGGCUGUAGUAGCCCGGACGGUGGCCCAGCUCUGGAACAAGCCGCUGCUGGGGGUGAACCACUGCAUAGGGCACAUCGAAAUGGGCAGACUCAUCACUGGAGCCCACAACCCCACCGUACUGUACGUCAGUGGCGGAAACACUCAGGUGAUCGCAUACUCUGAGCAUCGCUACCGCAUCUUUGGGGAAACCAUCGACAUUGCUGUGGGCAACUGUCUGGACCGUUUCGCCCGGGUACUCAAGAUCUCCAAUGACCCCAGCCCUGGCUACAAUAUCGAGCAGAUGGCCAAGCGGGGUCAGAAACUGGUGGAGCUGCCCUAUACUGUGAAGGGAAUGGACGUGUCUUUCUCUGGGAUCCUCUCCUACAUCGAGGAAGCUGCUCACCGGAUGCUGGAUGCCGGCCAAUGUAGCGCAGAGGAUCUUUGCUUCUCCCUGCAGGAGACGGUGUUCGCGAUGCUGGUGGAGAUCACCGAACGGGCUAUGGCGCACUGCGGCUCGCGGGAAGCCCUCAUCGUCGGGGGUGUAGGCUGUAACAUGCGGCUGCAGGAAAUGAUGGAAACUAUGUGUCAGGAACGUGGGGCACGGCUCUUUGCAACUGACGAGAGGUUCUGUAUUGACAACGGGGCCAUGAUUGCCCAGGCCGGCUGGGAGAUGUUCCGUGCGGGACAACAGACUCCACUCAGUGACUCCGGGAUCACCCAGAGGUACCGCACAGAUGAGGUCGAGGUGACAUGGAGAGACUGACCUGCCAGGAAUGGACAGGGCCCCGGAGCGCUCCCCCAUCCCAGCCACGCUGGACAGGACAAUAAAUGGGAUUUUGGUUUUGUA